AUGACAAACUGUGUUUCAUCAAUUUCUGAUCGAUUCAAUUGUUUAAACAAUAUUGUGUGUUUAACAGCAGCAGUAGUAGGAACUAAUGUAUUGAGCAUACCAAACAGCAACAACAACAGCAGCAACAACAAUAUAGUUAUAAAUAAUAACAGUAGUAGCAGUAGUAGUAGCAGUAGCAGUAACGGUAUCUCUCCCAAGUACACUACGACUACCACGACGACGACCACGACGACGACCACCACUACCACCUCCACCGUAUCAAGCAGCAGCAAUUGCACUACAUCAUCUCGUUGCGCUUCUUCUUCUCGUAGUGGAAGUAUCAGUUCUGAAACAAGCAUACUCAAUAAUAACAAUAACAGCAAUACAACAUCCACACCUACUACAGCUACCAACAAUUCUUGUUUGAACAGUGGCGCUGGCGGUAGUACUACUCCGGUUGUGGAGUUGUUUACAUCGUAUCUUUUUGUUUGGCGAACCUAUUGUGCUGAUCCACUGAAACCUAUGUGUCAGCAAUACGAUCCCGUAGAUCUACAGCACUUCAAACAAUUCAAUAGUACCGAUUGUUACAUUGUAUUACAUGUAAUAAAUAAUAAUGAAGUUUUAAAGCAGCAACAACAACAAGCCAACACUAGCAACAAUACAACCUCCACUAACAACAACAGCAACAGCAACGACAACAGCAAUUGCACAUGUAGCAACAACUGCAGUGACAAUGUCAACAAUAAUCUAUGCGAUAAUUUCGAUCAACUAAAUAUCAAUUCAAAUAAUACUCCAACAACAAUUUCACUUUAUUCUAUGAUGAUGUCGGCACAGUCAGAGUUGACUCCAAGAGGAUUGGCAUGUCCAACAGGCCUCACCAGUUUAGAUUCCAUUGCACAUUUCGAAACUGAAGCCAUUUCACACGAUAUAUAUGUUUGGAAUGGUAGAAAUUCAGCGCCUUUGACCAAGGCACUUUGUUUUGCAAAGGGAUUGGAGUUGGCCAAAGCAAUGGGUUUGAGUGAGGAACAUUCGAAAAAGAAUAGUUUCACCAUGGUCAGUGGUCAACAACCAUCGAACUCUUCAGCAUCGGGUUCUGCAACAAACACCACAACUAAUACUACUCUUGAAAGCAACAACGACGACAACAACAACAACACCCACUGGAAACUACCAGCCAACUCAUCUCUACUUGUACAGAGACUUUUUUUACAACCAAUGUCACCACCAACACCACAACAACAAUUAAAUAUAAAUACACAUCAACAAUCAACAAUCGACUCAAAUAAUACUAUUAACAUUAAUAAUAAUAAUAAUAACUUUAGCCACUUUGUUGCACUCUCCACUGUUUUCAUUGAUGAUUUGAACUUGAAUCAUACCUCCAAAAACAUUAAUAACAAUACUACCACCACCAACACCAUUAUAAACAACAACAACAACAACAACAUUAUUAAUAAUGAUCAUAUAGCAGUAGCAAACAAUAUACAUUUGUAUAGACAAAUUUUAAAGAAGAACUAUCCAAACAUUCUUCAAUCACAACUACCACCAUCUGCCUCUGCAACGACCGCACCCUUUGCCAUAAAAUCUAUUAACUCUAUGUUUUUGAAAUCACCCAUAUCGCCGACCGCCAACAACAGCCACGACAGUACUAUCGAUAAGUUUUUGGAUACAUCAACAACCACCACUUCGACAACUACCACAACAACCACCACCAUAUCAACCACUACCAAUAACAACAACAACAAGAACUCGAGUUCACCAAGAUCACCAAGAUCACUAUCAUCACCUACAAGCAACACCAACAAUUUAAAUGACAACAGUUUUUCAAAUAUACCAACUUUUAAUCCCCGAUAUGAAGUUCUUCGUAAACUUUCACAUUCACUUACAAACCCACAUUCACUACAUAUCCAACCUCGCAUACGAUCGACCUCCUCACCAACCAAACCUUCGAUUCCAAAACUCCAGAUUCAUAAAAUUAAAAAUAUGCCAGUACUUGACAUUCCCAGUCUUCCAAAUCUACAAACACCAACAUCUCCUGCCAUCAUCACCAACAACAAUACCAACAACAACAGCAACAAUAAUAAUAGCAAUACCAACAACACUGUGAGCAACAAUAACAGUAGUAGUAUUUCCGCAACAAAGAAACCAAACAAAUUUGUCCCACUACUCAACAUCAACAAACAAAAUUCAUUGUCUUCGAUACCGGGAGGUCUCAAUGCUUCCUCGAUACCACCACUCAUGAAACAACAGCUGCGGUUACCCCAGUUGACAUCGAUGUCUUCGGCGGUCUCAUCGAACAGCGCCAGCAAUUCGCCACCACAGACACCGCGCACCAUCGAUUUCCAAAACUACGGUACUCGUGACCUCGUGCAAUAUUUCGAACCAAUUCUCAGUCGCAUCACAGACUCUUUGUUCCUUGGCAGUCGUAUUCCAUCGGCCAAUCUCACCGAGUUGAAACAGAAUGGGAUCACCCACAUUCUAAACUGCGCGGGAAUGGUGUGUGUCAACCACUUUCCUCAGCAAUUCAACUACAAGACGUUGUUCAUCAGUGAUGGCAACGGAGAAGAUAUCACCUGCCUUUUCUACGAAGUAUUGGAUUUCAUACAAGAUGCAAUCGACAAUGGCGGAAAAGUUUACAUACAUUGCUACCAAGGUAUAUCGAGAAGUUCUGCAUAUGUACUUCUCUAUUUAAUGUAUAAAUACGAUUGGGAUUUCAAAACAGCACUUGAUUAUACAAAAGAAAAAAGAUUUAUUUCAAGUCCAAAUCCAGGAUUUACUGGUCAACUGAUGCACUGGAAAAAAUAUUUAAGAAGAGAAUAUAAAGAAACUAGAUUGUAUAGAAUGGUUCAGUUGGUCGGAAAUAUAGUGGUGCCGAAACAAGUCUCCACCAUUUCCUACAUCUCUUUGGACUCAAGAUGCUGCUUCAUACUGAAGGUCGAGCAUUGUAUCUAUCUUUGGGUUGGAGAGCAGUGUCUUGGUACGCUCGGACAGACAUUUGUCGAAGCUGCGCGUGUCGCAAUUAGCCGAUUCCAAAAGUACGACGAUGCCACCACCAAUAUUGUGGAGCUCAAGCAAGGCCAAGAGGAUAUGGAGUUCUGGCAACUUUUGGGUGGCCAAGGAAGUGGAACGAUUGGAUUUGUCGUUGACUACGAUAAGGAAUUCCAGCUGCAGCAACAACAGCAACAACACAACUGCGCGAAUAAUGUAAAUAGUUUAACAACCACAAGUAAUAGCAACUAUAACCGGUCGUAUCUGUAUCGACUUCACGAAGAUGGCGCCUGGGAAGAGUAUGAUGUUUUCGACUGUGAGGAUCUUGUAGACGAUGGAUUGUUUGUCCUUCGAUCGAAAAGCGAGAAUAGAUUGUACAUUUGGAUCGGCAAGGACCUAAACAUCAAACCACUCUGGCAGCCAUGUGACGCCUCAAAAGAAGACGUUGGAAUCCGACUUGCAAACCAUUUCCUAACAACCAAUGACUUGGAAAUGAGCUACGCCGUCACCGUAAUAACCAACUCCAACCAAGAGACAGAUGACUUUUUAGACAACUUUUAA